AUUCUGCACUCGGGCUUCAUUGUUCUUUUAUACUUUUGCAUAGAGGUAAACGACAGGUUGUUUCUUUGUAUGUGAGAGAGCUGCAGACUUUGUUUCCUAAAAUGCUUAUACCCACCAGCUGAAGCGUACCGGCAACAAGGUCCUGCUCAAGGGUGGCACCUUGGAGGACGCCAUCACAACUGCUAUCACAGCCAUGAAUGAACCUAAAACCUGCAGCACCACAACUCUAAGGCGAUACCUUUUAGACGCCAACAAGGACAGAAAGGAGUACCAGUUAGUGGCCAAUCUUCGGAGGACCCUGACAAAGUGUAAAGUACUUGGAUGGAUGGAGCAGAUUACUGGUCACGGCUUCAACGGGACCUAUCAGCUGUCGUUCCCUUUUUACCCAAGUCCCACCAUCCUGUACCCAGACAAGUUCAAAGAAAUUCCAAAGAAAGACGCUGCACCUCCAACCAAGCGAAGGCGAACAGUUGAAUCUUCAGACGAAGACAAGGAAGAAUCAGAAGAAGAGGAAGAGUCUGAGGAUGAAGCCCCAGCCCGUAAGAGGAAACCUCAGAAGAGGCCUCCACCCAAGGCUCGUCGUCCUCCUCCAACCAAGAAAUCUUCGAGCGCAAGUCAGUCAAAAGCUAAAGGCAGAGGACGUUCGCUCGCAAAGAAGUCUCCAGCCAAGAAAGCAGCAUCUUCGGCCAAGAGCUCGGGAAAAAAACAAUCAGCCCCUAAGAAGGAAUCCGAGUCGCCAUCUAAAGCCACACCUGUCAAGAGAGGCGCCCCUGCAAAAAAGCCCAAGACACCAGCUGUUAAAAAGCUAAACAAAAGGGGGCCAAGCGACCUGUGUCCAAGGAGUCGUCCCCCAAGGAGCCUACAGCCACAAAGGAGACGACAAGGAGCGGGUCCAAGCGCUCCAAGGCCGAAGAGUCGCCUCCUGAGGCGCCCGCAGCUAAAAAGCAGGCGACCAAAAGUGGAUCCAAACGGCCCGAGCCCGCAGAGUCGUCCCCUGCAGAGCCCGCAGUGAAAAAAGGGGCCAAGAGCAGCAAGCAGUCUGCUCGCAAGUCUAAGAGAGGGAAGUACUGAACCCAGGAGUGUCUUCUACAAACUGGGCUGAAUAUCCAGCAGUCUGCCGCCUAAGUUUCAGUGCUCUCUCUCUCUUUAUAUCAUUGUUUUUUCCCUCUUUAUGGGGCAGUAGGGUUUUGUUUUUUUAUUUCGAUUGUAGAAUAAGAAUCUUAUCCUACCAGUUAAUUGAACUUUGAGAGUUUCUGGAUUUUAUUUUUUAAUCGCAGUGUGUAGAAAAGCUCCGUUAGUGUUAUCGGCGAGGCUGCCGUCUUGGGAGACUGUAGGAACAUCAAGCAUACUUUAAAACUAGAGCCACGUAGUGA